CAACACAGUGAGCCAGUCGAGCGACAAGAGCCAGGGGCACGCGGGAGGUAAACAGAUAUUGGCUACCUGAUCUUUCAGGGUAGCAAACAGAUAGACAGACAAGGUAGUUGAUUCCAAGGACUCCAGACUGUUGGAAGAACAGUGGUAUAGAGAAGCAGGCAACCCUACAGACUCUCAUCGGCCAGGGCAAAAUGGUUCGUGCCGAGCUGCAGCUGGAGGUGCCCAUGUGCGUGUCUUUGCCCAUCGAGAUCCUGAGCCCAGAGCAGGCUUUCCCUUUCUUGGACACCACGCUGGCCGACCUGGGCAUUGAACAUUCAGCGGUGAAGGAGCGGGUAGUAUGGGUGGACACCAAACGCACCCGGGUCCGGAACAAGUCGGGCAAGCUCAAGGAGAAGGAGGUCAUUGUUUUAGAGGUACGGGUCAAGGCCCAGCAACCUGGGGAACCUGAGACCCAGGAGGUUCUGUACAGCACUGAGACCCACACUGACCGCUCCUACUGCUGCAGCUCUGUGGCUGUCCUGCCCUGGAAACACACACACCCAGAGAUUGAUUCCCAGCCAGUGGAGAUAACUGUUGCCUUGGACACAGAGGUACAGCCGAAAUGGCAGAAAACUGAGGAGAAGCUUGACGUUUGAAGAGUGAGGAAACGCGAAACUGGACCAUAAUUCAGUUUCAAUACUGUAAUCUAUCCAAGCAAAAGUGUAGCCUUAGACUGACAUUUUUAAACCUUUUUAGAGAAAAGGCCAAGCAUCAUUCAUAUGCAUGUUCUGAUGUAGCACACUUCUCCAGUUUUUGUGGUUUCUGUGUUGUACUUGUGCAACAGCCAUAAAUUAUGUUUUGUUUUGUUUUGCUUUGAGGUAUUUUGCAUUCAGAGUGAGGACCUUCUGCAUUUUUGCUUAAAUUCAUGAAAGUGAGGGUAGAUUUUAAGGCCGGCUGUACAGCAGUUUGAACCACUGGAGGAUGAAUACGGUGAAACCCCUGUGUAUGGGACAUAUGUAGCACAUACAUACGCUACAUAAUGGUUUUUUAUCUUAAUGCAUUCGUACUCUAUGUCCACAAGCUAAAAGAAGUGGAUCACGAUGACAACAUUUUACUUUUAACUCUUCGCUAAAGCUUGUAGAAUUCAGGGCAGUUGUUGUAAUGACUCCGGCGUUUCUCUGUGUCUAAGCAUCCAAUGGAAUGUUCUCAGAACAUUACUUUCAGCAGAAAAUGUAUUCUUCAGCAUACAGGGAUCCCAGCAUACCCACCUGGACCUUUAUGCUGAUAUGUAAAUGGAGAAAGCGAUUUGUAUAUUUCAUGUCUAAUGAAACAA